GCUUGAGGUUUUGUCCUUGGGGCCACCCGAUAAAAUUUAAAAAGGUUUAUUAGGGUUUUAGCAUUUGGUUUCAGCCUCCCCCUCCCAAUUUCCCGGUUCCUCCUAUUCAGUCUCAGGUUCUCCGACGACGACGACGACGAGCACCAUUUGAUGACCGACUACGAGUUGAAGUGGUUCAAUCUCCGAUAGUCGUCUGUGAGAAAAUCACCGGCAGGUCCAAAGGUUGAUUAGUAAAAUUCAUCCAAUGGAAGCUAAAUUCUUUCGCUUUCUCAAGAUUGUUGGAGUCGGUUUCAAGGCUAGAGCAGAAUCCGAGGGUCGUCUCUUGUACCUCAAGCUCGGCUACAGUCAUGAGGUUGAACUGAGUGUGCCCCCUGCAGUUCGCGUGUUCUGUUUCAAACCCAAUGUGAUUUGCUGCACUGGGAUUGACAAGUAUAGGGUACAUCAGUUUGCUGCUUCUGUAAGGAGCUGUAAGCCUCCUGAAGUUUACAAAGGCAAAGGUAUAAUGUACAUUGAUGAAGUGAUAAAAAAGAAGCAGGGAAAGAAAUCCAAGUGAGAAACCUUGGUUCCUUGUCUGUUUCUUGGGUUUUCUUCUUUUUUCUAAUGCUAGAAAAUGUCGGUUGGAGACCAUCCUUGUUGUAAUUUUCUCUGACUGCAAUAAUCCUUUAAAAAGAUAUAGUUGAAGAUCUUCUACCAUA